CUCCCGUCCCUCCAGAGUCAAGAAUCCCAGUGUUGUCGUGCCGCUGCUGCUGGAUGUGAGCCCGACUCACCGCUGCUCGGAGAAGGAACCGCACCACAUUGUGUCCAUUUGUACGUCCGAGGAAGAAAAAGAGAGAGGAGAGUGAGGAGGAGGAGGAGGAGGAAGAGACGCCUGCUAGCAAGUGCUCACUUGCGGUUCGUCGUUCGAGGCACGCCAAGGUCCGACGGGAAACGACCAUCGCCGCCCUCCGUGUUUGGCGUCUUUUGUCGCCGUCAUGCAGACCGCCGUCCUUCUCCUCUCCCCGCUCGUCCUCUUCACCCUCCUCGUUCCCGGCGUAUCCUCUCAAAGCGAGGCGGAUCUCACCGUCGCCAUCCGCGCCGGCAAAGUCCGGGGCGUCCACAUGCCCGUGCUGGAGCGGGGCCACGUGACGGCCUUCCUGGGCGUCCCCUUCGCCGAGCCGCCCACGGGGAAGCGGCGAUUCCGCCCGGCCGAGCCCAAACGUCCGUGGCCGGACGUGUACGAUGCUCAUCUUUACCCCAACGCCUGCUUCCAGUUUGUGGACACCACGUUCCCCGGCUUCAUGGGCAGCGAGAUGUGGAACCCCAACAGGGAGAUGAGUGAGGACUGCCUCUACCUCAAUGUGUGGGUGCCGCCGUCGCCCCGACCUCACAAUCUCACCGUCAUGGUGUGGAUCUACGGCGGAGGAUUUUACAGCGGUUCUUCAUCCCUGGACGUGUACGACGGCCGUUACCUAGCUUACACAGAGACGGUCAUCGUGGUGUCCAUGAACUACCGCAUCGGCGCCUUCGGUUUCCUGGCUCUGGACGGCUCGUCCGAGGCUCCUGGCAACGUGGGCCUGCUGGACCAGAGGAUGGCGUUGCAGUGGGUCCAAGACAACAUCCACUUCUUUGGCGGAAACCCCAAACAGGUGACCAUAUUCGGGGAGAGUGCCGGCGGCGCCUCUGUGGGAUUCCACCUCUUGUCUCCGGGCAGCCGGUCCGUCUUCACCAGAGCCAUCCUCCAGAGCGGGGUCCCCAACACCCCCUGGGCCACCGUCAGCCCGGCCGAGGCCCGCAGACGGGCCACGCAGCUGGGCAAACUGCUCGGCUGCAACGGAGGGAAUGACACCGAGCUGGUCGACUGUCUACGUGAUAAAACGCCGCAGGAGCUUAUUGAUCAGGAGUUCCAGGUCCUCCCGUGGAUGUCCAUCUUUCGCUUUUCAUUCGUCCCCGUUGUGGAUGGCGACUUUGUGCCCGACACGCCGGAGGCCAUGCUCAACUCGGGCAACUUUAAGGACACUCAGGUCCUACUCGGGGUCAACCAGGACGAGGGCACCUACUUCCUGCUGUACGGCGCUCCCGGCUUCAGCAAGGACAACGACAGCCUCAUCUCCAGGGGGGACUUCCUGGAAGGCGCCAAGCUAAGUGUGCCCCACGCCAACGACAUCGGCCUGGAGGCGGUGGUGCUGCAGUACACCGACUGGAUGGACGAGAACAACGGAGCCAAGAACCGUGACGCCUUGGAUGACAUCGUGGGCGACCACAACGUCAUCUGCCCUUUGGCUUUCUUUGCCCGCACCUUCGCUCAGCACAAUGCUCUCAAGUCCAAUGCAGGGGUCUUUCUCUACCUGUUUGACCACCGAGCGUCCAACCUGCCCUGGCCCGAGUGGAUGGGCGUGAUCCACGGCUACGAGAUCGAAUUUGUCUUCGGCCUUCCCCUAGAGAAGAGAUUCAACUACACCCAGGAGGAGGAGAAGCUGAGUCGACGCACCAUGAGAUACUGGGCCAACUUUGCGCGGUCCGGCAAUCCCAACGUGAACGUGGACGGCACGGUGGAGAACAGGAAGCGCUGGCCUCAGUUCACAGUCGCCGAGCAGAAAUAUGUGGCGCUCAACACGGAGCCAGUGAAGGUCCACAGGGGAUUGAGGAACCAGAUGUGCGCUUUCUGGAACCACUUCCUGCCACGUCUCCUCAACAUCACCGACAACAUAGAUGAGGCCGAGCGCCAGUGGAAAGUGGAGUUCCACCGCUGGUCCUCCUACAUGAUGCACUGGAAGAGCCAGUUUGACCAUUACAGCAAGCAGGAGCGCUGCACCGACCUCUGAGGGCCCCGAAGGGUGCGUGGGGGCUGGUGGGGGAGGAUGGGGGCCGGCGGGUUAGAGCCAAGACGGAGCGUGCAAGCUUAUUUCCUCCAUAGCCGCUAUCAACUUUAUCGAAAACAGUACAAAAAAAUGCUGAAACACUGUACAUCCCUAUUUAUUAUUUUUUGAAUGAUUCAAAUUAUUUAUUGACUAUUUUUAAAUAUAUAUGGAUAUAUAUAUAUAUAUGUAUGUAUGUUUGUUUUGCAUCUCUAAGGGAAGUGAAUGACUCUGGAGGGAACUUGUACGUGUCCUGACUUGCUUGUCUUUGCCAUCAUCUCACACUGUGUUUUUGUUUUUUGUUUCGUUUUUUUCAACACAUCAGGGUUUGAUUAUUUUGGUGUCGAUUGCUGUAAAACAAAGCGAACAAUUCCGGCCAUCGUUUUGUCUGCAUAAGCCAUCUCGGUCGUUCUUGGCUGUGUUGCGAAUCGCUCCCUAGCCACGAUAUAGUGGCCUCUAUAGUGAGUUCACUUUAGUUGCAUUUUGGGUUGAGGGUUCCACAAAUGUUAUUCCCGUUGCGUUUGUUUGUCGUCCCCCGCUUCUCCACGUGCGACCUUCCGUCCUCACGCAUCCCCCUCUUUCCCCCAUCUCGCUGGCUCUCUUUUCUCGUUAGCCUAAUGGAGGCUGAGUAAUUCACUCGGCGGCGGGGUAAUGCGACAGAGCGUUGGCUCAGCCCGCUGGCCUGCCAGCCAGUGGAGCACGAUGAAUGGAUGGAAAAAGGGAGGGAGAAAGGACGGGAGGGGGAUGUGACGGAAGGAUGAAAAGACAGAGUAGCAUCCUUGCGUAACACGCCGGAGAGAAUGUAAAGAAUUAACCAGUUUGCGCGUCAUAAUUUAAUUUGUGGCGCUCCUUCUGUUAUGCUCGCCUUGGCCACCGGGGGGCGCAAGUAUAAUACUUAUGUAGUCAUGCAGACACCAACGAAGAAGAAUGGUAUUACUUCUACGACUGUUCAGUGAAGCAUUAAGAUGCUGUAAUGUUAGUCUGUUUUUUUUCAUAAAGGAUCAAUAAUAUAUGCCUGUGAGUAUUCUUAUAUAAUAUGUCUGUCGUCCACCAUUUGUGCACACAAUAUAGCCAUUGCUUCAAAAGCCCCGACUAUAGACGCUAUCUGUUAGCAUGCCAACGGCAUUUCGUUUUGUUUGCUAGCAUUAAGCUAAGCAGACUUUCCCCCCCUCCUUAAGGCAAAGCUGAGUUGUUUUAAAUACAAAACGUGUAAUUGUUUUAUGUAGUCUUUUUAGGUGGAUAGUUUUGACUAGUUGCCAGUCAAAGCCAAAACCAAUGGUCGAAUGAUGGCUCGUAUCUGGAAAAAAACUUAAUCGGGUGACUCUCAUCUAAAGGCACCGCUAUUAUAAUGUUAACAUCAAAUUGGACCCCAUGAAAACAACUUUUUAAAAAACAAAACGUUUUUUUUUAUUUUUAAAAAAAAAAAAAUCCUUAUUUACAGGAUUGAAUUGGGUGUCAUAAUCAACUCAAUAUUUUUUUGUGAGGCUUUUUACCAGAUUACAUCAGUUAUCAGUCCAACAGCCAAACAAAAAUUAAAAAAUUAUAAUUAAAAAAAAAACUUUUAUACCGUUAACAUGAAUCUGUGUCGGCAUGUUAAAACCCGCGUACGUCUAGUCCGGCUUUCAGGUGAACUCAAUAAGGAUGGAAGCUGCUGUCCGAAUGCAUGCGUGACGUGAUGAUCAUCCGACGCUUCCCCUUUUUUGCCCUCCGAUCCCAUCCUAGUGCAUGUCCUCGAGUCGACCCGAAAAUUCCUCCAGACUGUUAUUUUCUGUAAAAAAAAAAAAAUAAUAAAAAAAAAGAUUACUUUUCAAGACACUGAUAGUACUAUAUCUCUGUUUGCCAGGGUUUGAUGUUAGCAAUAACAAAUAUGUGAUAUAUUUGAUAUUGAAAAAGGCAGUGAAGGCCAGGAAGUGACCCGAUCGACGACGAGGCUGUUCCCAAAGCAAUAGAGCGUUCACAACCAAAAAAAAAGUGUUCCCUCGACCUCAUGGUUCUGAUAGUUAGACUUAUACGCCGUAAAUGUCGAAGGCUUCUGUCGCUUCCCGAUAUGUCUCUGUGUAUCUUGAAUGGUGACUUGUAGCAACAGAAAAAUAAAUAAAGAUAUGCUUCUGUCCUCCUUGACCUCC